AUGACGAUUUCGCACCACUCCCACUCGGGCCAGUUCUGCCUGCACGCCCAAGGCACGCUCGAACAAGUCGUCCAGACCGCGAUCGCGAAAGGGUUCACCACCUUUGGCUUGACCGAACAUGUGCCCAGGUCAAGAGUGCAGGAUUUGUAUCCCGAGGAGGUGAGCGAUGGCAAGUCAUGGGUGUGCUCGACCUACGCCGAGCUGGACGCUGACUCUCUCUCUCGCCCAUACCUCCGCCCCCACCCGGACGACCCCCACUUUUUGCGAAAAGGCCGACCUGACCCCCGAGGACCUCACCACCACGUUCGCCUCCUACCUCGCCGAAGCCCAACGACUCCGGUCCCACUAUUCCUCCCAAAUCACCCUCCUCAUAGGCCUCGAAACCGAAGCCAUACACCCUCUCACCCUAGACGAACUCGACUCCCUUCUUGCGGACCCGUCAAGUCCGAUCCAAUACCUCGUCGGUUCGAUCCACCACGUUUCCGAGACCCCCAUCGAUUUCGAUCAACGAACCUACCAAACCCUCCUCUCCUCCCUCCCCGCUCCCACCACCGAAAGUCGACUCACCCUCCUGUUCUCCUCCUACUUUGACGCGCAAUACGAUCUCCUCGUGCGGUUCAAACCCGAAGUGAUCGGCCAUUUCGACCUGUGUCGGUUGUAUGACCCCGAUCAACAGUUUAGGAAGUAUCCCCAAGUCUGGGCCAAGAUUGAGAGGAACGUCAAACAGGCGAUUGGGUACGGGGCCUUGUUUGAAAUCAACGCUUCGGCUUUUCGGAAGGGGUGGAAGACGCCUUAUCCGGGCCGGGAUGUCUUUGAGGUGAGUGAGGGCGAACGGCCACGAUAUCCAGCUACGGACUACCUGACCCCAAGAGACACACCUCUACCUCUACAGCUGAUCCAAUCCCUCGGCGGCCGCUUCACCCUCUCGGACGACUCGCACGGUCCUCAAGCUGUAGGACUACACUACGACCAAACUUAUUCCUAUCUCGUCGAAAUGGGUCUUCAAGAACUAUGGUAUCUUGCACCUGCACCGGUAGGAUCGGCCGAUUUGAACGUCUCGAGAGGUGUGGUGGCUAGGAAGAUUGAAGGGAGACCUUGGCAAAAGGAGUGGAGGGAUCUGUUGCAGCGAUCAUCGCCCGAUGGGGUUUGA